CCACAUUUUCUUGGUUAGCUUUAUGGAAGAUUUCAUAGCAGUAGCAACAGCUUCGCAGUCUGCAAUUCCGUUUUUCAAAUAAUUCACACGAAUCCCUAAACAAUUUUUAGCUGGUCCCAAAUCCUUCAUCGGGAACAUACCGCUCAAUUGCGUCUUUAGUUGUAUCGAAUCGAAAUACCAUUUUCCGUUUUCCUUCGAUCCACACGUAGAAAGCACUGCACAGAACGAAUCGUUUCCCUUCGUGCUGUAGCAAUCCUUCACUAUAUGGCCAAAUUUCAAACAUUUUCCACAUUUCGGUCCCUUAGCUGUAUUAGACUUUUUAGUUAACUUACCGAUAUUAAUGUGCUUCGUCCUUGCAACAAACUGACAUGGGAGAAACCUCUUGUAGAAGUUUCGUUUGAAUGAUGUUUCCAGUGAUGACAAUACGGGAGUUUUCAAGGGCCACAAUCAUUAGGCGAUACUGUUCUGGUUAUCCAGCCAACAAUAGACUAAAAUCGGGAAACCAAUUCCAUUCAGUUGAUGCGCUGUUGACACAAUGCGAUUAACAUAAUCCGACAUAGAAUCGCAUGAUUCUAGAUCUGUCAACAAUACGACUCGUCUUGUAAGGCCAGAGUCUUCGAAAGCCUUUUCUAGUUUUGAUCAAACUUCUCUCGCUUUUGUCGCUUUCUUCACGUGAACGUAGUUCACUGAAGUAUCGACGGAUUCGUAGCUUCCAUCGUAGUUCUUCUUCGGCUUCACUGCAGCAUCCAGAGAUCUUCGAGUUCCAGAAACACUUGCACUGCAAACUUCCAUGUUACCUCAUUUUCUCUUCCGAUGAGUCGUUCAAUGCCAGGAAGUCUUGAUGUUGUAAUGCUACUACCUGCAGCGCUUGAUGGAUCCAGCUGAGUUCGGGUUCAUCUUAAAACUUCUUCGGAAUAAUGGCUAAAAGAUUCUGCUUCAUGGACUGUACGCUUCUGGACCCUUAACCCAUACGGACUUGUUACUUGUUACCCAACUACGGCUUACUAUGAUUUCAAAAAUUUCAAAAAAAUCCAUACAUGAUCAGCAAUUUGGACAGCAUUCGUCUAACCACGCCAUAAUGUCAACAAAUCAAUGACAGUUCGGCUAAUUUUGACAUUUUGGCCGUAAAAAAGGCAAUCAAUGUUGUUGGUAAACAAACUCUCGCAUUGUACGCGCGAUGGCGGACAGAAUUAGCGAAUUAAAUAGUAUUUGCCGGCUCUGUUUGUGCGAAGACGAUGAGGCGCUCUUUCCCGUGUCCAGCAUCAUCGAUCCCUCGCUAACGGAUGUAGAUAUAGAGCGUUUCACCGGGAUACAGCUGUUUGGCGAAGAAUGUAUAUCGUACUCGAUCUGUGUCGACUGUGGUAAUAAGCUGAAAAAGUGCUCUUUAUUCCGUGCGGCGUGUUUAAACAAUGACACGCUGUUCAAGCAACUGUUUGCGGUGCUGCUCGAAAGUGCCAGGAAGGAAACAUUGGGCGGAGAAAAUCGCGAUAAAAAGGAGGAAGCGGUGGAACAGCACGAGGAAGUAAUAGUGGAAGAGUUCGCGCUGGUCGAGGCAAGCGAACGUUUGGAGCAGCUGAUCGAGCAAGCGGAAGAUGUUGAGAUCGAAACGCAAGAGCUGUCCGGGGAAGAAGACGAGGAAACCGCCAGCAGUGACGAGAUGGAAGACGGCUCGCAGGAAAACGCCGAAAGCGGCGACGAGUCUGGGACGAACAAUUUGCUGGAUGAAAGCACCGACAGUGUAGAAAAUAGUCCGCCCGCUCGUACGAGGCGGCUGUCCUCGCGGUCGGCCAGAAGCGCACAAACGAGCGACGCAACCCGCUUACGGAGGAAGGCAGACCACCACUAUCAGCAUUGCGAUGCGUGCGGGAAGAUGGUGUCGGAUCUGAAAAGUCACAUGCUCAGCCACACGAAGGAGAAACGGUUCUCCUGCCCGUACUGUGCCGUGACGAUGACGUUCAAGUCGAAUCUAAACAUCCAUAUCAAGACGGUCCAUUUGAAGGAGAUUUCGAAAUCGUGCGAGCUGUGCGGGCAAGGAUUCGUCAAUUACAAUUCCUACAAGCACCAUAUGGCUUCACAGCACGGAACGGGUGAGUACAGCUGUGAAACGUGUGCGAAAAGGUUUACGCAUCUGCGAACGUACAACAUGCACGUGCGCCGGCACCAUAAAGCCGAUGCGACGUACAAGAAAAAGAAGCAACUUUGUGGCACGUGCGGCGCCAUGGUUACGCACAUAGCGACGCACAUGCUCACCCAUACGCAGGAGAAGCGGUACGCCUGUCCGCACUGUCCGAUCGAAAUGGUGGACCGGGGGAAUCUGAUGCGCCAUGUCCGGUCGGUCCAUCUGCAGAGUGAGGUGAAGUCGUGCGAAACGUGCGGCAUAGGCUUCAAGUAUCCCAGCUCGCACAGAUCUCACAUGCUCCGAGUGCACGGCAUUGGGAAAACGUUCGACUGCCACAUGUGUGCCAAAAAGUUCAACCACAACAGUGGGCUUAAAUCGCACAUUGCCCGUGUGCACAGCAAUGAGCGAAAGUUUGAGUGUGAAACAUGUGGGAUGCUGUUUAAAGUGAAAGUCGCCCUUACGAAGCAUCAGCUAGUGCACUCGACGGAGCAACCGUACGCGUGCAAUCAAUGUCCGAAACGGUUUAAAAGUCGCCAUGGACGCAAUUCACACCAACUGACCCACAGUGGCAUAGUGUUUCCGUGUCCGCACUGUGACAAAUCGUACCGGUACAAAGAUGUGCUUGGCAUUCACAUUCGGCAGAACCAUCCCGAAGCAAAGGAGGAGAAGUCGAUAGCGUGUGAAUAAGGAAGUUGGACUAAUUUGAAGCGUUUUUUUAUACGAUGACUCUUACGACUCGUUAUUGGUAUCGCGUGGACACUGUUAAAUGUAUCAACUCGUUCUUUUA